AUGAAGCGUAUUGCCGCAGGAACCAAAGCCGAAUCCGGACGCGGCCUCGGUCUUUGCACUCGCAAGGAAAUAGACUGUGUCUAUGAGCAACCUCGGAAAGAGCUUACUGCGAGUGAUGCUCCUAUAGCAGUUAGCAAUCAUGGGAGCAACAGCAACAAUGACUUCUUGGAGUCGGCCCCUAUAUCGAACGUGCUUGAGGUACUCGAUGGGGAAUUGGCUGGAUUCGAUCGUUCCAGACAUGUGCUUGGUGAUUAUGUUGAGAACUUUCUUCCAACUCUUGCAACGGACUACGAGUUGGACGGCUUCAGAAUACAUAAAGAUUUGAGCACCAUCGGCGGUACAUCAAUGCCAGCAACUCUGUCAUCGGAAAUGGAUAAUAUCAUGUCCGUCUCACAACCCGAUAGCUUUGAUCUCAGUUCAAGCAUCAGCAUCGGAAAAGGCCUGAACUAUAUUCCGGUCCAUCCACCGACAUACUCGUCCACAUCCGGCACAGAGGUCACACCGACGACAAUUCAUUUCAGUAAAAAACAGAUUGUGACACCAGCGCAACAAUUGUUUACGAGCAUGCUGAUCGAUAUGAUCCGUGCAUACCCUCUGAUGAUGACUCGCCGCGAAACCUUUCCGCCUUUUGUACAUCCUCAUUGCUAUCUGUAUGAGGGAUGCAAUACAUUUCCGCAAGCAUUGACCAACUGCAUGGGCAUUGCACAACUGUUUGUUUCUCGAACGAACGAUACGAGACCCUUUCUUUGGACAACUAUAGUGGCUGAGAUUAGAGACAUAUUGAGCAAGCUCGGUUCAAUGAACAAAUUUGAGCUAUUCAGUGCAUUGCAAGCAUCGCUAUUGUAUUUGAUCAUGCGUGCGAUUGACAUAGGGCCGCAGCAUUCGGCGCAUGAUUUCGAGCUGGUACGGGCUCAUGAGAUGAUAUGUGACUACACACUACAGCAAAUUGGCCAUCAUGCUGACCCUGAAGUCAAUGACCCUCACCGACAGUGGAAGGACUGGGUAUUUGACGAGUCAAUAAAAAGAGUAGCUUGGGUCUGGUUCUCUCUAAGUGUGGUAUAUCAAAUUCGCAGCGGAGUGCCCGGAGUACCCUGCAGAGUCGCCGAUUCAACCGAAGGCAUGCCUUUACCCUGCACCAAGACUGAAUGGGAAGCGCAAACCGAAGAAGACUGGAGAAGAGAAUAUUACAAAGCCAGGGAUUCUCAAAGUACCGCUUCCAUACAGACUUUUGGUGAUUUGGCGAAUGCAUAUAAAGGGUCGCCUGCAGACAGAGCCACAAAAGCUACACAGUUGGAAGCAUGGAACGCGGGGAUUGACAAUUUGGGUGUUCUAUUGAAUCUUGCUGUGUACAUGACUCGAAAUUGA